AAGUUAACACAUAUUUGAAUAGUGGCAGCUCGGUAGCAGAUUCGUGUGUUAAUCUUUAAAAUAUACAAUUUUAGGUACAAGACUCUGCAGCUACAUUUAAAGGCUGGUCACAAAGUGGUUUUAUGUUUUAUUAUAUUGACAUAGCGAUGGACAUUAUUUGAGCUCUGUAAUCAUAAUUGAAUAUUUUUAUAUCAGCAUAAGGAAAUUUAUACUAAGAAGUCAUAUUUCCCAAGUAUUCUUGAUGUCAGGCUGCCCUAUUGUAGAAAUUAAGCACUCUCAUAUGUGACGUCUUUCAGUCAGGCGAAUGCUUGCAUACUUUUUUUUUUUUGGUCCUGAAAUGCUACCAUUUUUUAUGAUUUUAUAACCUGUGUUUGAUUACAGUAAAUUUUCAGUGGAGGCAACUAUUUUACAUAUUGGUGAACUUGCAUAAUUGCCCUCCAAUUACAGUAACUUAAUUAAUAAUUACAGUAAUGGAUCAAAUACGAUUGAAUCAAUAUAAAUACUUACAGAUAUUUAAACUGUAUGGUUCUUGGGCUCAGGUCAGGUACUUCAUUCUUUGUACUUUGAACUCUAGUUUACCUUAAGAUUGUUGCUGACCUUUGCAGUGAACACCGCUUCAGGUUCUGCUUUCACCCUUUAUUUUCAGAAUAAAUGUGAAAUUUUAUCUGAAAUAAAGGCACUUUUGUGCAAAAUAAGCUUUUUUUGGUGCAGCUUCAGGAUCUUCUUAAAGAGCCAUGCACAUAGCACUAAGAGGUUGCUUCAUAUGCAGCAGUUCAUUUUCUGAACACAGGUGGGGGUGUUGGAUGAAGUAUUUUCCUUUGCACAUUUUAUCAGCAUGGAAGUCUUAAUAAUGUUAUGACGUCUGUGUUAUGUAUGGUUGCCUUGCUCCUUCAGGUGCACUUCAGCUAUUGAAGAGAACAAACAAGCAGACACAGGCAGCAGAUUGUGGCCCAUGGAGUUCUCCUUGUAUCUCCUUAGAGAGCCAUCUCAGAGCCUCAGACAGCUCAAAAUACUGCCUCUCAGAGAAGAAGGAAGAAAAGAAUGCGGAGUUCACAGUUGUUGAUUGUUUCCAGCAGAAAUUUGGCCCUGCAGUGCUGCCCCUAAAACAGCAAUGUGUUGUCAGAAUAGCAGAAGAAGCCAUGUGUAAUCAUGGAAAACUCUCAUGGCCUGAAACAGUAACAAAGAGGCAUGUUUUUCUAUUUGAUACCUUUCUUCUGGGACCCCAGGCUUUCAAAAAUGGAUUAAAAAUGGUGCUUGAAGAUAAAAACAUCUUGAAGAUCAUAUAUGACUGCUGGUGUGUCUCAGACUGUCUCUUUCACCAGUACAGUGUCCUUCAGUGUCGAUCCUUUCCAUCACAGGCUGCUGAUGCUCUGCAGUUUUCAAUGACUACAGGUGCUUUUCUUCCACACUGUGUCUGCACAUUACAGGAGUGUUUGAUGCAGCCCUUGAAGACACCUUCCAAAUGGAAUGCCAUCCUGAAGUGCAGGCAGCCAUUGACUUCGGAGAAUCCUGACGUAUGGUUCUUGAGGCUCUUCCCAGCUUCUCUGCUUAAUGCACUUGUUCUGAACGCUAUGUGCCUCCUGCUGGUCCACUCAUCUCUAAUGGAUAACUUGAUGUCUGACCUAUCAGCUGUAGCACAUGGUUAUUUUAAUGCUUUGGACUGUCCUGGAGAUCACCUUGUGAGCACAAAGGUAGGUAUGUCUCUGCUUGUUUCUCUGGUAGUGAUUUGAUCUAAGGCUCUAAUGGAUAAACGCUGGAGGACUGAGCUACAGCAGCUUCCUUUUCGCAGUGGUACACCCUCCUGUGCACUACAUACCUUGUUUCCUGUGUGCAGCAGCAGAAGGGAUGGUAUCUGUAUCUACCUAGCUCCCUUUCAUAUUAGUUCAUUAGCAGGAUCCACCUCAAGUUAGCCUAGUGGAUGGUGAGUUGCAGCUGUUAAAGCAUGGGCACGGUCACCUGCGCCUUCUGUUCACUCUCCUCAGAGCCUGAGAACAGCUGGGCUCAACAGGGGCAAUGUACACGUGAGGAAAUGAAGAGUAACAGGCAGGUGUGAUGUGUUGGUACCUGGAGCUGAAGGGGUUGCUUUGUUUUGGUAAAACAUGUUUAGUCCCCACAUUUUGUUCUAUUUUUCUCCUAAUCUGUCAUCUUUACUGCUGAGCUGUUUUGCACACACUGGGUGUUUCUGAGUAACGUUUGUUAACCAAAGAUUUUUAUUUCUGUAAAAGCAUCACUGAGUUAUUUGGUCUUCCUAAUUUAUUUUCACAUAUAUUAUUUAAAAGUAGCAUUUUUCAUCUUUCGUUACACAGAACCAUUAGUAGUGCAUGCCCAGAUACCUUGGAGGAGCUGGAUGGUGGACACUUCUGUAAUUUUGAAAUUUAUUAAUUUUCAAUGUGGAAAGUGCAGGAAAUGAGAUUUUUGGGGAAGGAGCUUGACUUCUUGCACUAUUGGAAAGAACAUGUCCAUGCAAAGCAAACAAGCAGUGGUAUUGGUGUGGUCUUUCUCUGUCUUCUCAAUGAAAUAAUCUUAUGUGGGCUUGCAGUAACUAUGUAAGACAUUGUUGGUAUUAGAUUUGGGUGCAAAGUGCAUGGUCAAACAUCCUCAUUCACCACAAAGAGACUGAACUAACAUGAUUAAAUCCUUUUAGUGCCUCAUUUUUGCAGUUGUAAAUGUCUUGAAAUAUUUAUUAGGGAAAGAGAAUGAAGUUCUAUCUUCAUGAAAGAAAUAGGGGUUUUUUCCCCCCUGGUUUAACAAAGCACUGAAGCACAGACUUGGAUCCUUUGGGAAUUACUUAAGAGCUCAGAGCAGUAAAUCCCAUUACUGAGGAUUUAGAGAUUAGAUAACACAAGAGAUCAUAGUUGCUUCACAGAUAUAAGAGAAGAGGUCAUAUCUGAAAACCUUUUCUUUUUAGAGGAAAGCUGCCAAAAAAAGAAGAUUGUUCAUAGUUCAUGAAAAAGAAAUGAGCUGGACAUGUUAAUUUCCAAUGUGCAAUGCAUGCAAAAGUAGCCAUGACACAAGGGAAAAGAAGAGUCUGUUAAAGUGAAAAGUACAAAUUUUGGUUUGCAUUGGGCUAUUUGUUUUCAGAAUUUUUAAAGUGGUAUUCAGGUUGUUGAAGACAAUACCUUUGUAAAUCCAUUUAUUCCAUAAGAUUAGCCAAGGAAUUAAUUUGAACCUGAGUAUUUCAAAUGCCAUUUUGAAGAUCUAUUUAAUAUAACAUCUGGCAAUCAUACUUUCUGCAUUUUAAAGCUGUUGCCUUGUGAAGCAACUGCUUUAGAAUUCUAGUAUAGGGAGUAAAAGUAGCAAUUUUCAUCAUCAUUUCACUGUUAAUAAUUUUCCAUUGUUUCUAUAUCUUGUGAGAAGAUCACACAAAUAAAAGUUUCUUCUGCUUUAUUUAAAUCUGCUUGCAAUACAUAUAUAAAUGCAAAAUAUGGAGUGUGGUAUAGUUAAAUCUUGUCUAUUACUUCUGUUUCUUCACUCAGUAAGUAAAAAGUUAAGGGAAUCCUUUGCAAGUUGAUGAGUUCAGCUAAAUCCAUUUUAAGACAAGAAAGAAAAAAACACAAACCUUUAGUUUCUGCAACUUCUGGUUUUCCAGCUAAGUCUGUAUUAUUUCCUUAAAUCAAAAAGCCUUUAUCCAGAUCUGAUUUCAGAAUGAAGUAAUAGUCACAAUACUUACCCCCCUCCCCCCCAUUUAUUGUAGUGCUUUUUUAUGGUUGUUUAGAAGUUUGUGCACCACUAAAAUCUAUGUUAUGCCUUCUGUACACUUUGUGGAGCAACAGUUGAAAGGUACCUGGAAAAUGCUUUCAGUGGGCUAUUUUACUUUUUACAAUGACCAGUUACAAUUUACACUUGUGCUCCACCUUGGACCCCUGGUAAACAGCAGUCUGGUGCAAUGAGCUUGACUUCACCUUGGAGCCAGUGUCAAACAACAGCAGCACUGGACUCCCUGUGCUUGAUGACUCUGUUCUCCAGACGGGAUCUGUUGUAGUUCCAAUGCUACUGCAGCAGAAGUAAUGGAUCUCCUUGGAUUCUGAUACCUCUGCCAGGGAAAAAUCUUGGAAAUCUGAAGUAUGUUAUCUACUAUGCUCUCUCCAUGCUGGAGAACUGGAAGAGAGAUGUCUGUUGCUGAAGCAGUACUGCAGCAAAGCCAAAGACAAUAAAUGCUCCAGGGCCAUAAAGGUACCUUGCACUACUUCAGCUACUAAAUUGGAAGGGGGAUGUCACUCUUGAGUGAAAA